AAUUCAAACUUUACUGCGCAUGCGGCUCUUACACGCGGACGUGACGACACAGCUUAGAAACUGGAACGACUCCGUUCGCCAUUUUGGAUCCGUGCGCCAUUUGUUUGAAAAGGGCAUCCGACUCCUGAAAGAGCCCGAAUGGCUGCAGUUUCUCUUCCAAUACAGUUAUUUUUUUCUGCUAAAGCGUUGUCAUAAGCUUUCACUGACUUCUGUAGAUAUGGCCACUAAACCCUUCAGGCCAGAGGAAGCACGUAGGAUCAUGCAUUUUCUGCACAGGCCAGCAGUUUUCCUCAACAUGACUGACAACUGGCCAGGACGGGACUGGACCCUGGAACAUCUAGCAUCUUGCCUAGAGGAGAAGUCAGUGCGUUUUCGUAUUGGGAAGCAGGGUAAACCGAAGGCUCCUCUCUUUGAGACAGAGUGCUCAUAUGUAGAAGCAACACUUGCUGAGUUUCUGUGUUGGACAAGGGGAGGUGAUGCUGCAUCCAUAGGCCCAUUUGCUGCCUACCCCAUUUCAGAGUACUGGGCUUAUGCAGAUUACAAGUAUAUUGAUCACCUUUUUCAGGACAAGACCAACAAGUUUAAGGACAUACUGUGGUCUGACUUUGGCUAUCCAGGCCGUGACGGAAGAGAGAGUACUCUUUGGGUUGGUACAAAUGGUGCUAACACUCCAUGUCACCUGGACACCUAUGGAUGUAAUCUUGUCUUCCAAAUUCAAGGCAGAAAACGCUGGCAUCUCUUUCCUCCUGAUGACACGGCAUUUAUGUAUCCAACACGUAUACCAUACGAAGAGUCGAGCGUGUUCAGCCAGGUCAACGUGAUAUGUCCUGACAUGUGCCGAUUCCCUGCUUUCGGAAAAGCCAGAUCCCACCUCGUCACUCUGGAGCCGGGUCAGGUUCUAUUUGUCCCAAGACACUGGUGGCACUAUGUGGAAUCAAUUGACCCAGUAACUGUCAGUGUCAACUCUUGGAUGGACAUGGAGGUGGAUGAUGAAGCUCGAAUAGGAGAAGCUUUUACCAAGACCAUCAUCUGUGCGCUAAAGAGUACACCAAGUGUGGAUAACCAAGACAACUGGCUCAAUCCCACUGAGGUCGGGAUCUCUACACACGAUGAAAACAUGCAGUACUUAAAUCUAGCAGUGGAGGCUUACAUGAGUAAAAGGAACUCGCAACCUGGUUCCUCAACGUUAAAGCGGGACGCCCGUGGUCAUUUGAAGACAUCAGUCACUGAGCCUGCAACCUCAUUUUCACUGCCCUUCGGACCUCAUCUCAUUCCCGUUACCUGUCUUGCAGACGUGUCUCAGAAAACUAUGGAGACGUCCCCCAAAGAGGUUCUCAUUUCAAAAGACCAUACACUCCUUCACACACCAAAAGGAACAACGCCACUGCGUACUGACACACAUAAAACAGAAGAGGCAAUCAGUGUAUCAGAGGAGAAAGAAGAAGAUGGAAAUGGUAGUGCAUUGUGUGGACGAAUAUCCACCAAUAAUGUACUGGACUGCCUGCUACACCCUGAGGUCAUUGCCCUUCUUACAAAGCUCAUGAUAGAUAGACAAAAAGAGCUUGACUGAAUAAGUCACAAACCAUUUUUUACAUUGCAUACUUUAUUCAAAAUAUUGUGGUUUGUAAAAACUUAAUUGCUAAUCACUAUUAGUAAUAAUAAUGAUUUGAAAUAAAUGUUGACAUUUUUUAUUGCA